AUGGAGGAUCCCAAGAGAUUGGAAGAAGGGUUAGGACACACAGCAGAAGUUGCAAAUAAAGACGAUAAGAAUGGCCAUUUGAGUGAGAAAGUAGGUAAAACUGAUCAUGGUGGAGAUGACAUCCACAAUGAAAAAGAAGAAAGGAGUGCGGUUCGUGAUCAGCUGGUUGAGCAAAAAGGAGAGGAGCAGCCGGUGGUUAAGCUGCGGAGCAAGAGGAUUGCAACUUUGGAUGCAUUUAGAGGCCUUACUGUUGCACUGAUGAUACUGGUAGAUGAUGCUGGAGGAGCAUAUGCCCGCAUCGACCAUUCACCAUGGAAUGGGUGCACGUUGGCUGAUUUUGUGAUGCCUUUUUUCCUCUUCAUUGUGGGAGUUGCAAUAGCUCUUGCUUUCAAGAGAAUUCCGAAGAGGAGGGACGCAGUUAAGAGGAUACUCCUAAGGACAGUGAAGCUUCUAUUUUGGGGAAUUCUGCUGCAAGGAGGAUACUCCCAUGCUCCUGAUGCCCUCGUUUAUGGAGUAGAUAUGAAACUCAUUCGCUGGUGUGGCAUUCUUCAGAGGAUAGCGUUGGUGUACAUGAUUGUGGCUCUGUUAGAGGCUCUAAUCCCCAAGCAUAGACAAACCAUAGAGCCCAAUCAUUUUUCCAUUUUCACUGCAUACCGAUGGCAAUGGAUUGCGGGGUUCAUUUCUUUUGUCAUUUAUAUGGUCACAACAUUUGCACUUUAUGUUCCGGAUUGGAGUUUCAGUGUCGAGCACGAUCAUGAGCGACGCAGAUACACGGUUGAAUGUGGGAUGAGAGGGCAUUUAGGACCUGCAUGCAAUGCUGUUGGUUAUGUUGAUCGACAAGUCUGGGGCAUCAAUCAUCUCUAUCAAUCUCCAGUUUGGAGCCGCUUAAAGGCUUGCACUCUCAGCUCUCCAAAUUCUGGCCCACUUCGGAAGGAUGCUCCUAGUUGGUGCCGUGCACCAUUUGAGCCUGAAGGCUUGUUGAGUUCGAUCUCAGCUAUUCUCUCUGGCACCAUUGGCAUCCAUUAUGGACACGUUCUGAUUCAUUUCAAGGGUCAUGCUGAGAGGCUCAAGCAAUGGGUCUCAAUGGGGCUUAUCUUACUGAUCGUGGCCAUUAUUCUCCAUUUCACUGAUGCUAUUCCUAUCAACAAACAGCUCUACAGCUUCAGCUAUGUCUGUUUCACAGCUGGUGCUGCAGGAAUUGUAUUCUCUGGAUUCUAUGUACUGAUAGAUGUUUGGGGAUUGAGACCACCAUUUUUGUUCCUAGAGUGGAUAGGAAUGAAUGCAAUGCUUGUUUAUGUGAUGGCAGCACAGGGCAUAUUUGAAGGGUUUAUCAAUGGAUGGUAUUACAAGUCUCCAGACAACACACUUGUCUAUUGGAUCCAAGAACAUGUUUUCAAUGAUGUAUGGCACUCAGAGAGGGUAGGAACCCUGUUAUAUGUGAUAUUUGCGCAAAUUACAUUCUGGGCACUAGUUUCCGGCAUCUUGCACAAAUUGGGCAUAUACUGGAAGCUCUGA